AUGAUAUCAAUGAUUGAGAAUAAUGAUUGUGCAAUGAGAGCACCUGUACAACAUCAGAGCGAAGAGAUAUCUAUUCCAAUUGGAACGGGUAUAGUUGUGGCUGCAAAGGCUUGGGGACCAAAUAAUAGCAAGCAUAGAGUUAUGGCACUGCAUGGUUGGUUGGACAAUGCCAACUCAUUCGAUGUGGUCGGACCCGUGCUUGCAUCACAAGGUGUACGUGUUAUCUGCAUUGACUUUAUUGGUCAUGGUCGCAGUCCACACAAGCCCACCUGGUGCAACCUCUACUACACCGACUACAUCACACAAGUUAUCGACGUUGCCGAUGCCCUUGGUUGGAAGACAUUCACAAUCCUUGGACACUCAAUGGGCGCUGGAAUUGGCAGUAUCUUGGCAGCUACCGUACCACAUAUUGUUGAGAAGAUCAUUUGUUUGGACUUUAUUGGAUUGAUGUCGAGGGAGCAGGAUCAGUUGCAAGCCAUUCAGUUUGCCAUGCAAUCUCGCGAGUCAUUGAUGAAGCGAAAGCCAUUCCUCUAUCCAUCAAAGGAGUCAAUUGUUGAGAAGCUCAAGACAAACAACCCAUUCAUUGCGGAUGAUGCCGCCCGACGACUGUUGGCGCGAUCAAUCGAGACGGUGAUCUCGCCCUCUGGCGACCAGAUGUACAAGAUGCGCCACGACCCCCGUCUGGUCGGCCCAUCCAUCUUCACGAUGCGUGAGCACGAGGUGCUGGUCAUGCUCAAGAGUAUCGUGUGUCCAGUCAUGUUGGUGUGGGGCACAGUGUCGGCGCAGCAGUUUGGCAUGAAGAAGAACUGGCCCGAGGUGAUGCAGGCGCGCAUGGAGUGCAUCAAGAAUCUCAAGACAUUCAAGGUGGACGGAUCACAUCACUUCCAUAUGGAGAACAUCGACACGUUCAUGCCACAGCUUCUCACCUUUAUCCACGACACCACCACCGUCAACUUCCAUCCCGAAGCUGCCAGCAACGUCUUCACCUCAAACGAGAAUCACAAUCAGCUCGCCGAUGCUGAGCCACCCAAGUCCAACAUCUAA